UCUCGAAUAUGGAAUACAGCCUUACGAACCAAUCAUGUCUCUGGUCAAGGAAGUCACCGAGAGGUCGAGCGCAUCGUCUGCUGCACCUCCUGCACCCCCAACUCCGUCCCAAUCCGGGUUUCCUCAGGUUCAACAUCGGUCACAACGGAUAUCUCAGUUCAAGAGAGCGAGAGGAGCUGCAGCGGCCGGGCCGUCAGCUCGGCCAUACUCGAAUGCGCCGCCUGUAGUGCAAACAAGUCGUUUUGAUGGUCCAGCUUUCAAGACGGGAAGCGAGCCGGACCUGGCGGAAAGGGAGGCUACAGGCCGGUCCACUCAGGAUCUCCUCAAGGAUUGCCAGGACGAGAACGAUGCCAAGAUCGCCGGGAUGUCACGGUCAGAGAGGGAUCAUGAGCUAGAAGAGCUCGAGUCGAUGAUUUCUCCGGAUCUAUUGGCAAUGCUAAGAUCUAGGGCUGAGAAGAAGGCUCAGCAGCAAACUUCCGGACCGUCGAGCUCUGGGGAAGAGAAACCGUCAGAGGAGGUCGUCUCUUCGUCGGGCGGCGAGCCGGAUGCCGAGACUCAGCAGGUCGAGGAAGGAGAGCCUGAUGAACAAGACGAAACUUUCGCCGAAUCAGCAGGUGUAGGAGCAAAGAAGCCUGGCGCUCAGGCCAAAGUCAGGUUCGCUGAAGAUCCCGUGCCCUUACCACCUUCUGGCUCGGAACACGAAACCACGAUCGACGAACUGUCGCCGAGCUAUAUUCAUCAACGCUACUUUCCUAAUCAAGCUGCAAACCCAGCCGAGCUCGAAUGGAUCCAGUCAACUAGUAGACCUGGACCUGCAGCCACAGAAGGGUCGUCGACACAUCAGACUCGCUUCGACUUUUCGGGCAAGCCUUUGACAGUGGCUGAAUCCGAGGAAAUGGCGGCACACAAAGGAUUGCACCACCAUGGGGACGAAUCCGGCCGAGCGGGGUAUACCGUGGACGAAAUCAUUCAGCUGUGCGCUAGCACCUUUCUGCCACAGAGAACGAUGAUGCUGGGCGUUCUUGGCAAGGUGUUGAGCCAACGGGAUACAUACCCUGAAGCUGUACGAGAGCAGAUCAACGAAAGCAAGGUGCAGAAACGAGGGAUCGACGUGAUCGUCGGGGUCCUGUGUUCGGCCGAGAAGAACGCUGGGGUCCUUCGGGAAGCCAUCACUGCCCUGUACGCGUCUAUGGGCAGUAAUCCCAGGUCUGCGAUCGAGGGCAACGGUCUCUCGGACGACGGUCUGAUGAACGAUCCCGAACAUCUUGCCCAUACUGCGGCAUGGGUCAAACUUCUCCCCCUCCCUGCGAUACUGGAUCGAAUCUUUGGAAUGCUCGAUCAGCCUGUCCGUUUCUCCCAUCUGUCCUUGACUUCAAUCCGUCAACUCGUCGGCAUCUUGCUCAACAUCUCGCUCAGUUCUGUGCAAGCCUCGAAUGAGGUGGCCCUGAUCGUACCACGGUUACUGCGAAACUUUUUGGGCAAGCUCGAGUGGCCCCGACCAACGGGCGACCGAGAGACCGCUGAUGGGCGGAUCGAGGCUGCCAUUUCGCUGCUCGUGAUACGCCUGCUAAGAUCCUGCACAACGGCUUCGAGAUCCGCAACAAAGAAUCUUUUAAACGUAGGGGCAUAUGACGUACCACUCAAGUUCUUGUACUUUGCUCCAUGGAGCGGAGCUUCCGCUUCAUCUACCGAUACGGAGGCCUGGACUUUCGCCGGACUCAUCAUAGAUCUCUACGAGAAACUGGCGCGUUACGGUCUCAAUGGCACCCUGUUGAGUAACACCUCGGAGAUCUGGGUUGCGCUCGGGGUUUGGGUCGCUCGCCGUGAACAUAAAGACGAUCAACCGGAGAUUCUCUACACGACCCGGGCUUACCUCAACCUGCUGCGCGUCUGGUUGGUUUCUGCUAAGGACCCGCAUAGUCUGGAACAUGAGCACGAUCUCAUCUGGACCCAGAUAUCCAGCUACGGUUGGCAGGAUGAGGCGGAGCACGUGCUGCGCGCUUUAUGGCCUUCUCAAAACGUCGAAAUGAGUGCCUCGAUUUGGGAGACAGCAACGGCCGCUGUUGGAGUCUUGACGGCAUGGAUCAGAGGGUGCGAGCUGAAUCACGAGCGAAAUGGAAACGAUGACAAGGUGGCAUUGAAGACGGCUUUGCAAGAGGUUGAACCUCUGCAAACCCUGCAAACGAUCCUGUCUAGCGACCUCAAGGCGAAUACCGAAGAAUCUCAGCUACGUGCCAUGUUCGCGGCUCGUUUAACCGAGCUGCUCGGUACCCUAGGACUGUCCGCAUUCCGCAAGGCCGAUGAUUUCGAUAUCGCGAAUUGCUUGAAAAAAUUGCUCGAACCGGAGGCAGGAAAUACGAAGACGACAACUUCUUCAGCCAUCAAUGUCCUCUCAUACCAGCUGUUGAUCUUGCAACGAUCUCUCCCGCCCGCCGAGUUCGCUCGAGCUGCGGUCCCCAUCAUUGAAGCGGCUCGGCCGGGUGAGGAAGACCACGCCAUGCAGCUUGUGGACAAACUGCUUGAUCUAGCCUGGCCGGACGAGAUUAUCGAACAGGUGGGACAUCGCCACGGCCUCUACAUUCUCAGACCAUUCCUACAUUACGGUAUACUACCAGAUCUGGAACACCUUGCGACACCAGAGACACCGCUAUCGAACAUGCUCAGAGCAACCGCUACGUUGCGCGUGUCUGAUCGGAACCAGAAAGCAGUGGAAGGCCUACCAUUGCGAUCGGAUUGGGUUUACAUCGCUUUGGAGCAGUACUUGCGACGGGAGUCGUCUACGGUCUUCAAGCAACUUCCUCCAGCUUGGGACGCGAGUCGCUUGGAAAUGGUACGGGCGACACUGACCCUAGCCAGUCUCGUGCAGCGAUUCAGUCGGCAGUCGCAGAGUCGCUCGACCGUCAUUCUAAAUGCAAUGAAGGUAUUCCUCCUCGAGGGAGCGAGGGAUGUGGAAAGGAAUGACGAGAUGUUCCGAGACCCUGUAGUCUCCCGUCUUCUACAGGAGAUGGUUACGCCCUGUUUGCAGCCACAAGCUAGCCUACCACAAACCAGGCUCGACGAGGUUUCCACAUCGAUCACUCCGGCAGAAACAACCUUCCUACAGAUCUACGGCGACUUUGUCCAGCUUUACGACGCCAUGUCCCUUUCAGACGUUACGUUCAGCCAGCUUUUGUUGGUUCCUAUCUCUCAAGCUUAUCCCAUCGACUAUCGCCAGCUUGUAUGGUCAGAGCAGCCUUCGGUUCUGCGAUCAGUGAGGCUCUCGAAAGAGCAGGUGCUGCUGGAGACAGGUUCUCUUAUGCCAUAUUACGAGCCACACGAAGAGGAUCCCGACAUGUUGUUUGCGUAUUUACAAGCCCUCACGAAACAAUGGGUGACCAAGGCAAAUCAGCCGUUCCUCUAUUCCGUUGCUGUCCACCACCUUGCUGCAGCAGUGCAGAGUGGAGACAAGGAGGCCCACCACACGCGACUAUUGGCGGGGAUCGAGCGAGACCUCAAAGGAGAAGUCUUGAGCGAUAUUCGAGCCUAACAAGAUGAUGUAUCAUACAGAUGUACUACAGCGU